CGGUCAAAAGUAAGCAAACAAAAGUUGGUUGUCCUAUAGUCCACGGCCCACAACAAGUAGCCAAGUAAAAUAUACGAAUUGCUAUGAUUUAACUUUUACUUGGAGAGUAGAAAUGGAUGAAAUUACAGAUGAAAUUGAUAGAGUUGUUAAUGUACUAAAUGUAUUGAAGUCGAGAUACUUUUUAUUACGUGCUAAAUAUGAUGUUGAGCUCAAUUCUAAAAUAAUAUAUCCAACUAAAGAUAUUCACUCAGAAUAUCAAUAUGCGUCAAAAGACUUGCAAUCAUUUAUCAUGUUGGAACUACAUCUCUUAGAUUAUGCUUGUACUUAUGGACUAUAUUCAAUGAAUAUGUACGCGACACGUUCAAGAACCAACUUGAUAGAAAACGAAAAAGAUCCUCAUUUUUUAAAACUUUUAAAAGAAAAGCUUCGAAGUAUAAUCGAGACUAAUCAUGAAAUUCAAGAUAUUUCUGUGGACUCUUAUUUAGUUUUUUCUACUUACGUGAAUUCAUUUCUGGUGCGUGCAAACAUUUUAAGAGGAAUACAAUUUUCAGACACACCAUCAAUUAACAUGGCUCAGACAAACUCUGAAAGGAAAAAAAAGAAACUUUUGAAAAAAAUUUCAAAAAUUAACUUGAUGGCCAACAUUAUUCAGUUUAUCGUAGCUGAUAAUAUAAUGGAUUAUAGAACAGAAGAAGGUCAAAUCGCAUUAAACAUAUCACUGAAGUACAGGACGCCAAGAUCGUUGGAAUACUAUACAAAUAAAGUCAAUUCAAAACAAGUAUCCUAAUUUACGUAGUGUAGAAGUGUAAUUAUAAAUAUUUUAUUCCUUUUUUACUUUUAAUUUUUUUAUUGUUUAUUUCUAUAAAUAUGUAAAAUGUAAAAUUUAUACACAAAGUUAUGUACAAUGUAUAUACAUUUGGUUGUUUACGUAUUUCGAAAUAAUGUAUUUUUAUAUGAAUCAAUUACAUUUGAAGUAAUUAUGAACUAUUAUAGUGUAUGAUAUAACCCAUCAUUUUUUAUA